AUGGAGAAUUCCUCUCAGGUGGUGGAGGGGGUGGACAGCAGGAGGCUUGCAGGCAACGCUUCCCUCUCCCCUUCCACACUGAGCCCAGCCAUUCCUCCCUACGUGAAACUGGGCUUGACUGUGGCCUACACUAUCUUCUAUUCUCUCCUCUUUGCCUUCAUCUACGCUCAGCUCUGGCUAGUGCUUCGCUACCGGCACAAGCGCUUCAGCUACCAGACGGCCUUCCUGUUCCUUUGCCUGCUCUGGGCGGCUCUGCGUGCUGUGCUCUUCUCUUUCUACUUCAGGGACUGCGUGACGGCCAACACUCUGGGGCCCUUCAGCUUCUGGCUGCUCUACUGCUUCCCCGUCUGUCUGCAGUUCUUCACCCUCAGUUUGAUGAACCUCUAUUGUGCCCAGGUUUUCUUCAAGGCAAAGUCAAAGUACUCUCCUGAGCUCCUGAAGUACAAGCUGCCUCUUUAUCUGCUCUUUGUGGCGGUCAGUCUGCUCUUCCUGCUGGUAAAUCUCACUUGUGCCCUGCUGGUGAAGAUGACCAACACACAAGUUAAGACCAUCGUUCUAGUGCGCGUCACCAUAAACGACUCGCUCUUUGUGCUUUGUGCCGUCUCCCUUGCUGUCUGCCUCUACAAAGUGGCCAAGAUGUCUCUAGCAAACAUCUACCUUGAGGCUAAGGGAACAUCCGUGUGUCAAGUGACUCUGAUUGGUAUAAUGGUGAUCUUCCUCUAUGCAUCAAGAGCAUGCUACAAUCUCGUGGUUCUAGCACUGACUGACAUUGAAACCAUCAACUCAUUUGAUUACGACUGGUACAACGUGUCUGACCAAGCAGAUUUGAGGUCCACUCUUGGCGAUGGAGGUUACAUUGUGUUUGGCGUGAUCCUUUUUGUUUGGGAACUGCUGCCCACAUCACUAGUAGUGUUCUUUUUUCGUGUACGCAAGCCCACGCAGGACAGGAGCGGAUCUGCCAUCCCCAGCCAUGUGUUUUCUAACAGGCGCUACUUCUUUGACAAUCCCCGGCGUUAUGACAGCGAUGACGACCUGGCCUGGAGCAUUCUCCCUCAGAACUCUUCCACAAGCCUGUCUACGGACUACGACUGGGGCAGUCGCAGCAGCAGCUUCUUGGUGCACAUUGGAGCUGAAGAGCAACGUUCAUCUCCAGCAGCAGGGGGGCUAAACCGUUAG